ACGUUGUUUGGCUCAUUGGGGCCUUUUAAAAUUAAACCCACAAAUCUAUAUAAAUCUGAAAAUCUAUUUUUAGCUAGAGAAAUGUGUGUAAAUAUGAUAUUAACUUUAAUUGUUUCAUGUAUAUGUUAUUGUGAGGUUUUGUGCGCACUAAUCGUCCCGCCUUCAUACACACCGAGCUAAAGGUGUUAGCUAAUGAUGCUAACAGCGCAGCCCUGCGCCGAGGAGACGCUGGCCCUUUAAGGGUUAUGUAGCGGGGCUAGCCGAUGUACGACUAGCCGUCCGUAAGUCUCCGUGCCAUCCCCGUCAUGGCCUCCACACAGCCGACACCGACGCCAGCGAGGAUGAACCGACCAGCCAGCGGCCCUUCCCUUCACGGAACGGAGACGGACGUCAAGCCCAAGCAGAGGCACCGGUAGAGGCGCGCGGCGCCGGGGAGAGCCGCCUCGCAUCUCAUGCCGCCCCGGUCUCCUCCAUGCCUUCGUCUAAAGCCCGGAACGGCUACUCGAUAAAGAUGGGUGCGAACCCGGGCGGAGGCGGCGCAAACAUGACCACGAACCGGGAUUAUUCCGUUAAUCUCUCCGUGCAGCAAGUGCUGAGCCUUUGGGUGCAAGGCGCGACGCUGCAGCACUUCACAGAGAUGUGGUACUGGGUGUUCCUGUGGUGCCUCUUCUCCUCGCUCAUCGUCCACGGAGCGGUGGGGCUGCUCAUGUUAGUCAUGCUGCAGCGCCACAAGAGGGGCCGAGUCAUCACCCUGGUGCUGGUCAGCGUGGGUUUCCUGGCCUCGCUCUCUGGAGGCGUCAUCACCAGCGCGGCGGUGGCCGGCGUCUACCGUGUAGCCGGGAAGGACAUGGCUCCACUGGAGGCUCUGGUGUUCGGUGUGGGCCAGACCAGCCUCUCCGUCAUCAUAUCCUUCUCACGCGUCUUGGCCACUUUGUGAAAAGAGAAACGCCCUCAACAAGUUCUAGACAGACUGAAAUGGGAACACGUCAGCGGAGCCCGUCAGAGACUCCGAGGGGCUCCUGGAGGAGGAGAGGAGGCAGAGGUUCUCCGGACCUUCAGGGCUGGACGUUCUGUUACUGCCACAGUUGCACUGAAAAUCCGCAGGAGCUGAGUGCGCGCCGCUCGUCUUCAGGUUGAAGGGCAGUGCCAUCGUCGCUUCUGGACUUGAAAGCCAUGUUUUGGGUCCGUCCCAGAAUCGGUUCUUUGUGCCAACAGCCUUCUGUAGGACAUCCGCUGCCUUCGUGGCUGCUGACUCAUGAAGGCGUUCUGUUGCAGUCAGGAGGAAAAAACUAUUUUUAAAUACAGUAAGGUCCACGGCGGUGAUGACCUGUAAUAAUGAUGAUCAGCAAGUCGACAAAAGGAGCCAUGAGGGGUUUUUAGAGAGCGACAUCCAAACUCUUCAUCAGCAAAAUCCUCCUCGUCAUCAGUAUUAAAUAUCAGCCUCGCCUUCAGGAUCAUCACGACCACCGUGACCAAGAUGCAGCUUUGAAUUUUGCACUUUGUAAAUGUGGGAAACGCUCUUUGCCUGAGAGGAAACCAGCAUCCGUGCUAUGUGUGGUUCGGCUCAUUAAUUAAGUUCCAACAGUUUGGGGAAUUGAGCAGAGACAGCGGUGGCCUGGGACCAGGAGGACGUCAGCUUGGUUCAGCACAGAGCUUCUGAGCCGCGUUCCCCUGGUUCCAGCGCCGUGCUCUCACCCUUCGAUCAUGUGUCGCUGAGGUCUGCUCAGCUGAUCGCUCUCAUUCAGGUUUGCUGAACGCUGCCCUGCCAUAUUUGCAGACAAGCGGUUCUGUGUGAGUCCAGUGCUGGCUCUAAUCCUGUGGGACUGCAGCGCUUUCUGGAUCCCUGCAGAGGUGAUAAUGUCAUGCUUCUCCCUGGAGAAGGUCACAUCCUGCUGCUCCCUCCUUGUUUCCUUUAUUGACCCACGUUCCUUAAGUUGAACUACCUGCGCAUUGCACUUAAUUUAAUCUGCCUUGUUUUAGCACAGUGUGCGAUGACACUGGUGAGACCCCCCCCCCCCCCCACAGUAUCCAUUAACAAACAUAGGGUUGUUUCUGUCUGAUCAUCUGUGAACAAUGUGCGUGAUGCUACUGUUUCUUUACUGGAGCAUAUGCUCGUUCUUUUUAUAAUGCUCAUUAUGUUGAUGCUCGUUACACAGCAACAAACCCACUCUGGGAGAAGUUAUGUUUUAAUGCCAAAGUAUCUCAUUCAAGCUUUAUUUACCAUCAUUGUGUCAUAGAGUGUGUAACUCAGAUAGACUCCUGUGUUCUUAAACGGCCCCAAGUUAAAAACAUCACUGCUCAUAUGAAUUGGAAGGUGUGUGUGUGUGUGUGUGUGUGUGUGUGUGUGUGUGUGUGUGUGUGUGUGUGUGCGUGUGCGCGCGUGUGUGUGUGCGUGCGUGCGUGCGUGCGUGUGUAUAAAGGUAAACAUGGUGUAUUUGUAUGAGUUAUGUAAUUGACACGGCUCACCUUCAGUACCAGCGAAGCACACAAGGGGGCAGCAUUGCACAGAUGAAUCUGCAGCAGGAGCCUGGAUGCUGAAAAUGAUGAUUGUUGAUUUGAAUAUGGCAAAAGUGUUUUGAUACGUAAAAAUGUCUUCUAUAGGGGAAUGAGUAGUGAUGUGAAACUGCCCUUUCAUCCUCUGAAUGCUCCGCACAUCGUCCGUUGCGCCUGCUCUGAAUGUUUCAGCUCAGCUUUCAGGGACCAAAUGUGCUGAUGACUCACCUGCUGUCACAGCUCUGGCUUCUCUGGGUCAGUUACGUGUUUGUGUAGUGGCCGGGGUCUGUGUGUUUGUGCAUGUGAGUCGAAGGCGGACCCCUACAGGGCGAGGACCUGAUCGACGCUGUCUUACAUAAGGUGGUGGAAUAUUUGUAUUUCUGACCAAUGAACCUGCAGGAACUGGACUGGACGCUUAGACCAGUGCACUUACUGUACAUCCUGAGCUGUAUAUAGCCAUAGUGUCCAAAGUGUGUGUAACAAUAAAUGUGUAACCAACAGCUGACAUGAACAAGCGAACCACUGGAUGGUGUUUGAGUGUAUUUGCCCGGUGCCAUGACCCCACAGAGUAUUUGAUUCAGCCGCUGUGUGUGUGUGUGUGUGUGUGUGUGUGUGUGUGUGUGUGUGUGUGUGUGUGUGUGUGUGUGUGUGUGCGCGUGCGUACGACUACUAAAAGGCCUCCAGACUUUUAAAAGAUGCCGGCGCUCGACGCUCCCGUCUCCUUUCCGCUCCUUCAGCCUCCUGUGGUAUAAAAUGCCACACGUCCCUGUGGACGCUGCUGUGAUGCAGCUCUGGUUACGCGUGAAUGGACUCUACGGACAAUCCAACGAGAGACUCUGUACAAAGUGGCACUUGUAGAUACUGUACUAUAUGUUCUUUUUUAAUUUUGUACCAGCCGUGCUGCUGAUAUUUAUAACUAUUGCCUAUUUAUGUACAGAUUGUUCUCCUGUACAUACUCAGUCACUUGAAAUAAACUCUUUUGCAGUAUAAA